UGCUGUAGCAAAAUGUAAAGUAGUUUUUCCAGAUGUUUUGCCUGAUACAGUUUCGACUAUGAAAGCAAUUCAUGAAGAAAAAUGUACUGGUCUCCUGGGUGCACCAAUUAUUUUUCGAGAUAUUUUAGGACAUCCUGACAAAAAAAACUAUGAUCUAACUUCAUUAGAAUUUGGCGCACUUGGUGCAAGUCCAAUGCAUAUUAGUUUCUUACGUCAAAUUGAAAAAGAAAUGCCACUGACACGCGCUUCUCAAGGUUAUGGAAUGACGGAACAGGCUGCUAUAUUCAGUAGUGGUUUCUGGGCUGGUGAUGAAGAUUCAGAAAGACGUCUUGGAUCAUUAGGAAAAAUUAUGCAAGGUUUAGAAGUUAAAAUAGCUGAUGAAGAAGGAAAUGCUGUUCCUAUUGGCAAACAAGGUGAAAUAUGGAGUCGAGGUUUCUCGAUGAUGGUCGGAUAUUAUAAUGAUCCAGAGAAGACUAAAGAAACAUUAACACCAUCCGGAUGGCUUCGAACAGGUGAUGAAGGUAAAAUGGAUGAAGAUGGCUUUCUCUAUUAUAUUUCACGUCGAAAAGAAAUGAUAAUUCGUGGCGGUGUUAAUAUUUAUCCAAUCGAAAUAGAAAAUGUUAUUAUUGAACAUCCAAGUGUUGCCGAAGCACAAGUAUUUUCUAUUCCUGAUCAACGAUAUGGUGAAGAAGUAUGUGCAUGGAUUAAACUGAAACCUAAUGCAACAAAAUGUGAACCUGAUGAUAUUACAAAAUUUUUGAAAGACAAAGUAGCAUUUUUCAAGAUUCCGAAACACAUUCGUAUUGUUGAUAAGUUUAUUAUGACACCAACAGGAAAAGUACAAAAGUUUAAAUUAUCAGAAGCAAUGGUGCAUGAACUAAAAGAAGGUGGUGGCAAUAAAAAAUGA